AUGGCGACAAAGGAUGUUGCUUCCAUGUUUGCCGUUGCUCUCUUCAUUGGAGCGUUCGCUGCUGUUCCUACGAGUGUGCAAUCCAUCGGCGUGUGCUACGGCGUGAUCGGCAACAACCUCCCCUCCCGGAGCGACGUGGUGCAGCUCUACAGGUCCAAGGGCAUCAACGGCAUGCGCAUCUACUUCGCCGACGGGCAGGCCCUCUCCGCGCUCAGCAACUCCGGCAUCGGCCUCAUCCUCGACAUCGGUAACGACCAGCUCUCCAACAUUGCCGCCAGCACCUCUAACGCGGCGUCCUGGGUCCAGAACAACGUGCGGCCCUACUACCCGGCUGUGAACAUCAAGUACAUCGCCGCCGGCAACGAGGUGCAGGGCGGCACCACGCAGAGCAUCGUCCCGGCCAUGCGGAACCUCAACGCGGCCCUCUCCGCCGCGGGCCUCGGCGCCAUCAAGGUGUCCACCUCGAUCCGGUUCGACGCGGUGGCCAACUCGUUCCCGCCCUCCGCCGGCGUGUUCGCGCAGUCGUACAUGACGGACGUGGCCCGGCUCCUGGCGAGCACCGGCGCGCCGCUGCUGGCCAACGUGUACCCCUACUUCGCGUACCGCGACAACCCGCGGGACAUCAGCCUGAACUACGCGACGUUCCAGCCGGGCACCAGCGUGCGUGACCAGAACAACGGGCUGACCUACACGAGCCUGUUCGACGCGAUGGUGGACGCCGUGUACGCGGCGCUGGAGAAGGCGGGCGCGCCGGGCGUGAAGGUGGUGAUUUCCGAGAGCGGGUGGCCGUCGGCGGGCGGGUUCGCGGCGUCGGCGGACAACGCACGGACGUACAACCAGGGGCUGAUCAACCACGUCGGCGGGGGCACGCCCAAGAAGCGGGAGGCGCUGGAGACGUACAUCUUCGCCAUGUUCAACGAGAACCAGAAGACCGGGGACGCCACGGAGAGGAGCUUCGGGCUGUUCAACCCGGACAAGUCGCCGGCCUACAACAUCCAGUUCAAGUAG